AUGCCCAUUGCUAUUUUGAAUCCAAGCAAUGAAAGGAGCUCAACCAUUCUGAUCAUUGCCAUUCUGCUGGGUUUCAUAAACGUAUAUCUUCUCAUUGUAUUAUUCAAUGCUCGCCUAACGGCGAAAAAAUGCUUUCAGCAAAGGGCGAAGUUCAACGAAACCGAAGCUCACAAUCUUCUUGAAUGGAUGAAAGCUGUAACAAAGGAAGGUUUCGAUACCUCUGGCGACCUGAACAACUUUUACGAGCAGCUGAAGGACGGCGUUCUACUUUGCAAGUUUGUGAACGGUAUCCAGCCGGAUAAGCCGACGAAGAUUCAGAAGCCGAUUUCGAACUUCGCCUGCAUGGAAAACAUCAACCAGUUCGUAGAAGCGUGCCGUCGCAUCGGCGUUCCAGACGAGGAGACGUUCCAGAGCGUAGAUCUGUUCGAGGCCAGGGACCUGUUCUCCGUCUGCAUGACGCUGCAGUCGCUAGGACGCAAGGUGACCGACCGCUAG